GCCGUCUCAAACUUUACAAGGGAAACUACACGCCCUUUCAUUGUCUGAGACUCUCAGAUCGGAACUUUCCCGUAACUACUCUGGAAGAUCACAUCAGUCUCCUGUAAAAAAUAAUCGAAGCUGCUCCUGAAACUUGCCGAGUGAAUCGAUGAAGAUCUUGCAAUUGAUAUUCCUAUUAGCUUUAACAACUGGAAUCUCUGCGGUUCUCAUCUACAUUAUCGGCGUCUCAAAUCUCUAUGAUUCCGUGGGUUUAGACGAAUCGAAUCGGCUUAGCAAUGAAGAUUUAGAGGCCUUGCAGUCCCUGCAGAACGGAUUCCAGAAGUGCGUGAGUGCAAAUGGCUUGGGACUACAAGCUGCUACGGGUAGAGAUUAUUGCAAAGUCUCAAUCAACUUCCCCACCGAUACUAUUCCCAAAUGGAAAGAUCCCAAGUCUGGAGAGCUUGAAGGACUGUCUUAUGAGUUUGACUUGUGUGAAGCAGUAGCUACAUGGGAACAAGUCAGGAAUAGUUCUACGAUACUCAGUAGGGAAUACAUUGAUGCCUUACCAAAUGGAUGGGAGGAUUAUGCAUGGCGCAGAAUUAAUAAAGGAGUACAACUUAAUCGGUGCCAGAAUAGGUCUCUAUGCAUCGAGAAGCUUUCAUUGGUGCUACCUGAAACACCUCCAUAUUUUCCCCGUCAGUUUGAGCGAUGUGCUGUUAUUGGCAAUUCUGGUGAUCUUUUGAAAACAAAGUUCGGAAAAGAGAUUGAUACUUACGAUGUGGUUAUUAGAGAAAAUGGUGCUCCAAUUCAGAACUACAAGGAAUAUGUGGGAGAGAAAAGUACAUUCCGUCUUCUUAAUCGAGGGUCAGCAAAAGCCCUUGACAAAGUCGUGGAGUUGGAUGAAAAAAGGCAAGAGGUACUACUAGUAAAAACAACAAUUCAUGAUAUUAUGAACAAGAUGAUCCGGGAAGUUCCAAUAAAAAAUCCGGUGUACUUAAUGCUUGGUGCCUCAUUUGGCUCAGCAGCCAAAGGAACUGGGCUAAAGGCUCUUGAGUUUGCUCUCUCGACUUGUGAUUCAGUAGAUAUGUAUGGUUUCACGGUGGACCCAGGUUAUAAGGAGUGGACUAGAUAUUUUUCAGAAUCCCGACAAGGACAUACUCCUCUGCAUGGUAGAGCUUACUACCAAAUGAUGGAAUGCUUGGGUCUCAUUAAAAUACACUCGCCCAUGAGAGCUGAUCCAAACCGAGUCGUGAAAUGGCUGCCAAGCCGCAAAACAAUUACAUCUGCAAGAAUUGCAGCAGAGAAGCUUUUACGGAGAGUUGGAGCAGGAUCUGCAGAACCAUUAGCUUCAUGCUCGAUAGUAAAGAAGAGAAGCAAAAACAAGAGUCCAAUGGUCGUCUCACACCCCAGAAAACCCGCGAGGGAUCAUCAGAAAUUCGUGAGAAGCACGACCAUGUACCCGUUGGAGCACAGUCCAGGACAUAGUCAGCUCUGCAUUACACCAGCUGACUAAAGAAACUGCUUAUAUAGAAACCGUUUUUUCCCCAUAUAUAUACUAAAGCACAAAACAGGAAGUCGAUAUAUUCAAAAUCAAAUCCAACCGCUGCUAUAUAUAGAGUUCAAGACCAUCAAGGUUAGGGAUUGAUUAUUUUGUUAUCCUGUUUAUCGAGAUUUACUUCACCGGAGAUAAUAGGCAAACGUGCGAUAGAACUUGGAAACUAGAUAUUUGAUUGCACCAUGUCUAAUUUUAGUACAUAAACACGUGUUCAAUGUUCUUUGUUUUCCUGAUUGCAUUUAAUAUUUGUGUUAA